AUGGAGGUGGAAUUUGAGACCAAGAGUCGCUGCUGGUUGUACUUUGAGGGGACCGGUGUUUGUGCCAGUCGUGUUCGUCUCGACAUAAAUACUACACCCCAGCUCCUUCCCCGGGCUCCCACCCCGAGCAAACGGAGCAUCUGGAACUGCAGCUGCUCCCCAUCCACCUGCACCGCAGCAAUUGCUCACGGCCAGAAGGUGCCGCUCCCUCGCUGGGCGGCGGCGGGAGGAGCUGCCCGGCCCCAUCCCCGCUCUGCCGGGCACUGCGGCAGCGGGCAGUGUCCCGGAGCUGUCCCUGGCACAGACGCACGCACGGCACUGAGCGCAGAGCGGCUCAGCUGGGGACACCCGGACGGGAGCGGCCUUGGUGCCUGGGUGGCUGCUGCCCCGGCGCCAGGGGACAGGAGCUCUCCGAGUGCAGCGAUCCCUCGGGGGGCCCUCGCUCGCCUCCCAGCCUCUUGGCCGGCGCUUCUCAUCGCGCUGCGCUAUCGCCGCCUCAGCAGCCCCUGCUGCUGCAGCCACGGCCUCAGCCACUGCUCCGCCCUUGCCAGCUGCAGCAGCUCCCCGAGCAGAGGCCAAAGCCCUCCUGGCCCGUUUCCCUCGGUGCCACAGGCCGGGCAGCUGCCGGCCGUCGGGCGCCUGCUGCUGCAGGGGCCCCGUCUCAGCUGCCCGCACCUGAGUGACAACGAGCUGGGAGCCCACGGCGUCCUGCAGCGCUGCCGGCAGCUCCGGCAUCCCGCCUGCCCGCUGCGGAGCCUGGGGCUGAGCACGGACGCCUUCAGCCAGGCCCUGCGGCAGCAACUGGACGCCGUGCGGGCACUGCAGCCCGCCCUGAAGAUCGGCAACCUCCUGGAGCAUGACGUGCCGCAGGCAGGGGCCAUGGCCCGGCUGCCCUGCCAGCGCGGGCUCCUGCCGGGGGCAGGAAGACAGUCCCAGCAGUUUCCCAAUACUCUUCCUCCUGAUUACACCAAUCCCUGGGAUAUAUCUGUGCUUCCGGUCCUGCCCCGCAUUGCAAAGGAAUGGCUGAUGUACCCGAGAUGCAGAUACGUGCAGCAGAAAUACAGUAGUAUCAGUGAUNUGAGCCGGGCCCGGCACCGCCGCGGGCCCCGCUGCCAGCGCCCGCCACUCACCCGCACACAGCUGCCCGCACACGAGCAGCGCCAGCGCCAGCAGCGGCCCCAUGGCAGCGGCCCCGAGCCAGCGCAGCCAGGCCACGUCUGGCCAGCGCCCGAGCCCAUGCAGGCAGCAGCAGCCGGGCAGCCUUUAGCAGGUGCCUCAUCGGCCGCCUCUGGGGCCGCGGCCUCCAAUCACCUGCUCCGUGCCCAAAUAUGA